AUGUCCACAACAUCAAUUUUCAUACUUACAACAAAACUUAAAUAUAUUACAACCCACAUUACAAAGAUGAAUGUCAAGCUCGUUAUCUUCUUGUGCUUCCUCUACGCACUACUUCUCAUCGCUUCUGAAGCAACUGAACAGUUCAAAGAUGAAAAAGAAGAUGAAACAAAAGUAUCCAAAACAAAGUUCGGGAUAGACCGCUGGGAAGGAAAACCUCUCAGAGGUCCAGGCGGUGGACCAGGCGGUGGGGGACCUGGCGGAGGUCCAGGGGGUCCAGGUGGGGGUCCAGGUGGAGGUCCAGGUGGAGGGGGACCAGGGGGAGGUCCAGGCAGAGGAGGACCAGGUGGCAGUUCAGGAGGCGGUGGGCGUCACGGAGGACCCGGUGGUGAUGGUCCAGGCGGAGGUGGUCCCGGUGGAGGAGGGCCAGGCAGAGGUGGUCCCGGUGGAGGAGGGCCAGGCAGAGGUGGUCCCGGUGGAGGAGGGCCAGGCAGAGGUGGUCCCGGUGGAGGAGGGCCCGGAAGAGGUCCAGGCGGCCCUGGUGGUGGAGGACACGGUGGUGGAGCGGAUAAAACUGAAAAAUCCAAAGCCAAGGUGGGUGGAAGUGGACACGGUGGAGGAGGAUCACAUGGAGGUGGAAGUGGACACGGUGGAGGAGGAGGUGGAGGCAAAAAGGGAGGGCGUGUGGGAAGUCCAUGA